CUGGUCUAGGUGGUUUUAAUUGACGGAAAGAAGGGCCAGACGCGUAGAAUACUGAGCCGUUGUUUUCUGGCGCCGAGUGAGCCAUUGGACAGGGUCGGCACUCGCGUCUUUAGACCGCGUGUAUGUGUGCGUGUGUGUCACAGUCAUGCGGUUUUUGUCCGGGGGGAGCCGCUCUCGGUACAAAAGGACGGCAGAAUCCUGCGCUUGUGUUUCCGUUUCUGGGGUUCCUUUCUCUGCUGACUCCGCAGCUCUAAACGUCCUGAGGAACCGAUAACCCCUCCCCGACUUACACGCCAGGCUCGAUCAACCACAAAAUUCCACGUCUCGUCCCUUCUCGGAGUUCUUAUCGACGAAACGUUGGCCAGUCCGGAAAGACUCACACACACGGCCGAACUCGGGCCCUGAGCGACCGACACCGUCGGUGCUGACGUCACACUAACAACCCCACGCCAGCACCCUACAAGGGUUCGAAAGGCAGAUCCCAAAGGACACAAAGAACCAAAAGAAAAGUCCCCCCAAAAAAUGGACGCCCGAUGCCAGUGCGGGGCUGUGGCCUUCAAGACGCCGCUGCCGAAGCCGCUGCGCCUAUACAUCUGCCACUGCGAGGAGUGCAAGCGCCAGACGGGCUCUGCGUUCGGAACGUCGGCCAUCUUUCCCAAGUUUCAACUGCCCAAGGCCGACCUGCUGGGUGUCUACGCGAGGCCGACUGCUUCAGGGGCAACGCUAUACUGUUACUUCUGCCGAAACUGCGGGACACGCUUAAUCCACACCACACCGGACAAGAACGUCAUCUCCGUCAAGGGCGGCUGCAUCGACGGCCUCGACUGGAAGUCGGCCGUCCACAUCUGGACCAAGAACGCCAUGGUCCCCAUCCCCGAGGGCGCCGAGUCGCACCCCGAGGAGGCCGAGUACACGGACUACGGGCCAACACAGGAGGCCCUGGAUCAGCCGACGGGCCUGCGCGGGAGCGGCGGCACUCCGCCGCCUGUCGGCCUCGACGGGCGUUGUGAGCUAAGCGGGAAGGCCAUCGCUGGCUGAUGGAGGGAAAACGGGCCGUCGCACUGUCUCCGCCGUCGUAUUGCCUGUUGGAGAAUAUGACAAUUACGUGUUUUGUUUGGUAAGCUCGUUGGAAUAGGUGGCAGGUCUGGGGUGGCAAUAUGAUAUUAAUGGCGUCUAUAUCCCAACAAAAGAAAAAAAUUGACUAUUACAUUAAGA